AUGAACCCCAGAAACUCAUUCCACCAGUCAACCUCAAACUCAAAUAGAGAAGAUACAUACUCGGGGAACGAUGAACUGUCCUCCAACUCAAAUUCGCCCAGCUCUGGCGUCGAUGGGAGGGCUUCACCUUGUGGAUCAACGUCUACGGCGGCUGAGAGCAAUCGCAUGAGUGUGACUUCUGUCCCAGCUGCUUGUCUGGCUUGUCGGGGAAGACACCUGAAAUGCGAUGGUGUAAAUCCUUGUUCUCGCUGCCUUAGUUCUGGUUCUGAGUGUGUCUAUGUGGCUUCAAGACGGGGCUACAAAGGUCCUCGAAGGAGCAAUGUUCAAAAGCCCAGCAAGAAGCACGGCGUGUCUCCAGCUCGAACUCGAACACGUAGUGGCGAAGGCUCAGUGACAUCAAGACCAGAACGUUCUGCUUCGCUGGGAUCCUCUUUAUUUCUGAGUUCCAAUAUGAGCGACGACAUGUUCAACUCACCAUUAUCGACACCUUUCCUCGACCCUGCCUUGGACGCUAGCAACAGCAUGGAGAACGAUAUGUCUUUCUUCGGGCCGUACGAUACAGCAGAUACAUCAACUGAUAUGCUCAACUUGUUCACGAGUCCACAACAUGAACAUGUCGUGACGCAUGUCCCUGCACUGACUUUACCUGGACGCUGUAUAGACUCGUUUUACAACCAUUUCCAUGCCGCACAUCCCUUUGUGUUGCCGAAGGAGUCACUUCUGAUGAUCUCUCACGAGAGUUCUGUGAUGCCCGUACUCGCUGUAAUGCGCUGGAUCGGCUCAUUACAUAUUCCAGCAUGUUCAGAGCGGGGGAGAUUCUUCCAGGAAGCUCAUCAACUCAUCUACGAACCGCGUCGUCGAAAAGAUGGGUUCCUUGUACAGGCUUUGUUACUCCUUCUGAUCGGGUUGGAUGGACAAGGCCAACAGGACCAAGCUCGACAAAUAUUAUCUGGACUCGAGAGAAUUUCUGUGGAUAUUGGUCUCAAUACGAGAUCAUAUGCGACUACUUACGGGAGAGGCAUUCCCAUGAUGGAAGAGAGUUGGAGACGGACGUGGUGGGAGCUUUUCAUUGUGGAUGGGCUAAUCGCUGGUGUCCAUCGAAGCACGAACUUUUUGCUGUUCGAUGUAGCUUCUGAUGUCGCCUUGCCUUGCGAGGAAUAUGAGUAUCUGUCCGGUGACAUUCCCGAGCCAAUGUAUCUCAGGGAUAUGAAUGAGAGUGACUUCUCCGGUACAAGCCACGAGUUUUCAUCUUUCGCGUAUCGAAUACAAGCGGCUCAAAACCUCGGACGACUCUUGAGAAUCCCCCCCGUUUCUGGACCGGACGACGAAAGCCUCAGAAAUAUCCAGACGAUGUUGACGAGUUGGCGAGUCAGCUUACCCAAGUCAAAGGCAGACGCUUUACGGCAAUAUGGCCAUUUUGAUGAGAUGCUCUUUCAAGCUCACAUGAUAACUCACGCUACGUCGAUUCUGCUUCAUCAACCAUACUCGCAGCUGAACUCAAUAUUGAGCCAGUCAAACAACCAGACCGACCAAUACGAUUCUGUAUCGUCAGUAGACGAUUUCAACAACCAUACGAAGAACAUAAUACAGGCCGCGACAGAGAUCAGCGAGCUUGUCACCCAUCGUGUCUCGCUACUUUCUCACAGUCACUUCUUCAGUUACGUGGUUACAAUGUCCUCUAUAAUUCACCUCAACAGAUGGGCUAUAUUCACACCCGAUAGCGAGAACAACUUGCGCCAGGUUCUGCGCUUCAACAUUGGUGCCCUCUCACGGAUGUCUUUGGUAUGGAGCGCUUCAGAGCGAGAGAGUAGUUCUGUGAAGAGCAUGGCUCGUAGCAUCUACCAGGUCAAGAAGCAGCAUAGGACACUGCCACAGUUUUGGAUCAGUAUGACCCAUGAUGAAGCGAUGGAUAAGAUUGCGGCGGACGACGCUAUGAUUCACGAGUUUGAGGAUAUGCAGGUUGUGCCUGGUAUGAUGGGUCAUUGGACCGAUCCUGGGAACAAGCAAUGGAAUUAA